AUGGCUGAUUUCGAGAGGACUGUGCUGGAAUUUUACCAGCUUCCAUCAUCGUAUCCGUCCGAAUGGCCAGCCGACAAGGAUGCCGACGAUGCGGCAACGGACGAAACAGAUGCAUGGGGCAACAAUAAGCGAACAUCCCGCUACCAGGCUCUCGAGUCUGCAGUCAAUGAGCGUCGCAGUUUUCUGAACGGCGACGGAAAGGGAGGGAUGAACAAUCUCGUACAGCGAGAUGAGUCUGAUCCCCUUGGUUUCUCAGACAGUGUCGUCCGCAGUCUGAAGAACCUCGGGCUGCCAGUGCAAGAUGAUAUUCGCCUUCGGAACCGUUUUCUUCUUUCCUCGACAACAUUCUCGCCAGCUUUAUUCCUCUCCCAGAUGCACUCGGACGCCGACACACAGAGCCUGUUGCAAGGAUUAGAUGCCCUCUCUGCUUCCAUCGAUCAAAAGUCUGCGUCACUCAAAGUCCUUGUCGAAUCCAACUUCGAGCGAUUCGUCAAGGCCAAAGCAACCAUUGAUAAUGUCUACAAGGAAAUGAAGUACCGCGGAGAAGACCCGCAGGUGAAGACGCACUCGCGACAUGCCAGCCGCAGCAGUUUUCGCAACAGUGGUAGCAAACUUGCCUUUAACAACCAAUUGGCUUUCCCCGUGUCUGACAACAGAAAGAAGAACGCUUUGACCAAGGAGAGUGAAUUUGGAGUUCUCGGUAUCAAGGCUCCACUGCUUGACGUUUCUGCCAAAGCCGAAGAAGUCUGGGGUCCUGCGCUUGGUGGUCGCGAAAAGGAGGAGCAUCUCAAAGUUGUCUCAACCCACCUCUCAAAAUUCAAAGAGUAUGUCGACUUAAGCGGAACCAUUGCGGAUAGCAUCAAGCGCAAAGACUACGAAAACCUGGUCGAAGGCUACAACCGCGCGCGGACGUUUGCCGACCAGGCUCGCCACUUGGGCAAGCAACUAAAAGGCGCCACGCCCGACGACACACAAUUAUAUCAAAUCCUUCUCGCAGCCCGCAUGUGGCAUGACGUCAAUCGUCAAGUGGAGUCAUUCAAGACUGAAAUUUGGAAGAAAUUGUCCUCAUCUUCAUCUCACUCAAAACCGAAUGCUGCAGCUGGCCGUGUGCAAGAUCAACAUAUUGAAUUGAUUGGCUUGCUUUUGGAGCUUGGCGUCAAGGAAAGCCCAAUUUGGGUCUGGCUAAUAAGUCGCUAUGAUCACCUGAAGAGCAAGAUCCAAGUGACAGGUGAACGGCAAAAGACCGAAAUUGAAGUCCUGCGACGACGGUUAGCGGCCAGCGAGAAGCCGACACCCAAGCAAGCCGGCAUGUAUUUGAAUGGCCUCGGCAGGCAAGCCAUUGAUCGCAAAGCUCCAGUCAAUGACUCGGUUGAAGUUAUUGAGCUCUGGGAGAAAAUGUACACUUUCCUGAGCAACCUCAUCUCCUCACAAGGCAUCAUGGGUGAAAUUGUCGAGUUUUGGUCGCUUGCUCAGGGUUUUAUUGAUGGCAGAACUCAGCGCACUCUACCCAUCGGCUACAAUGGAGAGUCCCAGGUUCAUCACGAGCUAUCGAAUGAACGUGUCAGCCAACUAUCGCAAGGCGCAAGAGAGCUUGUCGAGCAAAUAAGAGAGCAUAUAUAUGCCUUCUUUGCUGGGCUUCCGCCUGAAGACAUCUCGAUUCUUCUAUCACCUUUGACUCCCAACCCAAGCACACCAACAGCUAACAGUGGUGGUAUUUCUGGUUCCCUGACGCCGACAGCCUUGCGUGACCCGCGCUUCAAUUUUGAUCCGAGCAAUCCGCCGCCUCCAUCUCCUAGUAGGGGAGAGCCGUGGGAGAAGCUUGCAUUUUGGCCUCCGUGGUCAAACUCGCUCAGUGGAGUACAUUACUUGUCCAGAAUGCUUGCGCUAGUUGGGUCGGGAGCAUCUGAGAUGGCUACCAUCGCCCCAGUGGCCGCUGCCAAGGGACCCAACCAGGAGAUGGACAGGCUCAAGCUUCUCAUCGGUGCUUCUCGAGAGCGAUGUGUGACUGCACUCUGUGCAGCAUGGAAUCGCGACGCCGAAAACAUCAAGUACGUCGAAGAUUGGCAGCGUUCUAGUGAAGUGGGCGAUGUUACCAGAAUGCCUGCCAGCUUUGCUGCAUUUGAGGGGACUCUUCUCACCGGUAUGCAAAAGAUCCUCUAUAUUGCGGAUGCGACAACAGAGCAAGGCGCGCCGAGCAUUGUUCUGCCGCCACCACCGAAGCUGCUUCAGAUGGUUCGAAGCCAAUACGUUACCACUCUUUACAAGGCUCUAAGCGGGAUGGUGGAGAACGCAGAGCGUUCCCUAAAAAAGCUGGACGAAGAGGACUGGUCACAAGCUGCCACAGUGUAUACCAGCACUUCAUCGGCUGGCAAGAGCACACUGGAUGCUGGUGAUCGCAACGUCCGAAUGCUAUUGACUCUCAGCAAUCUGCAAGCCUUGCGUUCUCAAGUCGUUCCAAGCCUGAACUCACAGUUCGAAAAUGCCUUCUCCGUGAAGCUUACGGACGAGUCCAAGACUAUCAAAGACGUUUUGGGCCAAAUUGACGCUCGUCUGUUCCAGUCAUACACGAAGCACUCCAUCGAAAAGCUUCGUGACAUUAUCCAAACCGGCCUCGCGUCACCAAGUUGGGUACCCAAAGCGAACGAGAGACCGUCCACGGCCAAGCCCUACAUAUACGAGGCCCUGCUGACACUAGUGCUCGUGCACUCCCAAGUGUCUACGACGGCACCUUCCCUAACGCCCCAAGUCUUGAGCUUCCUGCUGGAACAAACAUCACUGCAGCUGCUCGAGACGUUUCGCACGCGGCCCAAGUACACGCUCGAGGCGCUGAUGCAGGCGACGCUCGACGUGGAGUUUGUGGCGCAGACCCUGAGCCACUACACGACAGACCGUGCCUCGGAGCUGCAGAGCCAAAUCUAUCAGGAGCUCGACGGGCGGACGGACAAUGACGCACGCGCGCGCCUGCAGAGCGAACUGCCGGAGAUGCGCAACGUGCUCAAGAAGCUGCGCGAAAAUAGCAAAAACGAGUUUGCCUGUUUCAAGAAGCCCAAGAGGGCCGCGGCAGGGACAGCAACGGCCACCGCGACGAAGCAGGACGGAUACAGCAGUGCGGGUAGCGCGACGGCAGGCUAG